AUGGCGAUUCUGGAGUAUGAAGAACAACAAGGAGUACCAGAAGGGGAGGAGCUGAUUAAAGAAGAGACCAUCUACAAUGAACAACUGGAGCAACAAAUACUAAUGCAAAGAGGAAAAAGAAUGGGAAUUAAAACUUGGAGAUUUGAGGAGACCAAGGGCACGGGCGCCUCGGGCUCCUUCAAGCUCAACAAGAAGCAGCAGCAGCACCAGGAAGCCAAGGACCAGGUGGUCAAGAAGAAGCCGGCCCUCAAGAGCAAGAAGCCCACCGCCAAGAAGCCCAAGAAGCCCGCCCCCAAGAAGAGCCCCAAGAAGGCGGUCAAGAAGCCGGCCGCGGGAGCCAAGAAGCCGGCCAAGAGCCCCAAGAAGGCCAAGCCCGCCAAGGCCAAGAAGCCGGCCAAAAGUCCCGCCAAAGCCAAGGCGGUCAGGGCAAAGGCUAAGGCCGCCAAGCCCAAGAUUCCCAAGGCGAAGGUGGCCAAGCCCAAGAAGGCGGCGGCCAAGAAGAAGUAA